CCUCUCUUUCUCUCUCUCUGAAAAUGGGGAAUGGAGUUCUUAUCAGCUUUUGCCAUGUUUCUUUUUCUUUGAUUAUUCUGAUUUCAUGGCUUCAGCAAACUGAGUCCCAAUCCGAUGGCUGUGAUUUUUUCCAGGGGAGUUGGGUUCAAGACGAUGCUUACCCUCUUUACGAUACCUCAAAAUGUCCCUUUAUCUUGAAAGGGUUUGAUUGUCAAGCAAAUGGACGCUUAGACAAACUCUACCUGAAGUAUAGAUGGAAGCCUGCAUCUUGCACAUUGCCAAGGUUUAAUGGUGAGGAAUUUUUGAGGAGGAUGAAGGGGAAAAAAGUGUUGUUCGUUGGGGACUCUAUAAGCUUGAAUAUGUGGCAGUCAUUCACAUGCAUGGUUCAUGUAGCUGUGCCACAAUCACAAUACACUUUAAAUAGUCAGGGAAACCUCUCUACCUUUGCUUUACCAGACUUUAAUGUUUCGUUGGAGUAUUCCCAUAAUGUGUUUCUGGUUGAUCUCGUCAAAGAAGACAUAGGCGUUGUUUUGAAGCUCGACUCUAUUGAUAAUGGCAAUUAUUCAUGGAAGGGAUACGAUGUCCUCAUCUUCAAUACCUGGCAUUGGUGGGUUCAUACAGUCGAAGGAAAGAAUCAACCCUGGGAAUACAUUGAAUCGGGAGGAAAGAUAGUGAAAGACAUGGAUCGAUUGGCUGCUUUUAAAGAGGGACUGACUACUUGGUCGAGAUGGGUUGAUUCCAAUGUUGACCCUCACACUACACAAGUAUUCUUUCAGGGCAUCUCUCCUACCCAUUACGAUGGGAAGCAAUGGAAUGGUCCGAUGACAGCGACCUGCCAAGGCGAAACCAAACCAUUGAAUGGGACAACAUAUCCAGGAGGUUUACCACCAGCAGUAGACAUUGUCAAGGAAGUACUGGGAAGCAUGUCAAAGUCCGUCACUUUGCUCGAUAUAACAAUGCUUUCGCUGUUGAGGAAAGAUGGGCACCCUUCUCUUUACUCAGGAAAAGAGGGAAAUGAUUGUAGCCAUUGGUGUCUUGCUGGAGUUCCCGAUUCUUGGAAUGAAAUUCUCUAUGCAAUUCUUUCAACUGGGGACCAAGCUUCAAGGUUAAUGUAACAGGAUUUUAUUCGAUAAUAAAUAAUGUUGAGAAACGAGUUAGACAUUGUCGAGAACCCAAAUUUCUUCUUCUUGAUCCGCUGGUCUUUUACAGAGAAGGUCAGAAAUUUGGUGUAUGUCAAAAUUUUAUUACAUAAAAAAGAAAUCAUCACAUAAAUGCUUUUC